AUGGACACAAAUCUCGAAUUGUGCAUCCGUAAUUUUCCGGAAUCGUUCAAUGAAUCGGAUGUCAGAGACUUCCUGUCGCAGUUCGGUAUCAUCAGUGCAAAGUUUCUGAGGCGGCGGAAGAAAAUUUCGGCGAUCAUCAACGUCCCGGAUGAAACGCUGGCAAAGUGCAUUGUGUCGCGCCUUCAUCAACUCAAAAUACUCGAAAAUCGCUUGUCGGUAGAGUAUCACAAUUCCCAGGAAGUAGAAACCGUCGAUGUUGAAUGUGUCAUCCCAUCAGACAAAUCGAGAUUAAAUCAAUCGGCUCAAGAGUUGAGCAAAUUCGCCAAAGCCCUUCACGCCGUCCAUCCGGUAGAGUUCAGUCAACCUCCUCCACCGUAUCUCAAAUAUCGCUAUCCUAGACCGACGCGGGAAAUAAUCGACAGCAUUUGUGUGGCUUUGGAAUCCGUGCCGAAAUUCUACACCCAAGUGUUGCAUCUGAUGAAUCGGAUGAACCUUCCUCCACCCUUCACACCAAGAGAUCUUCAGAGAAAUGGUUCCGUAACGGAAAAGAAACACGCGUCCCAGCAAACCGAUAUAGUUUGGAUCAAAGAAUCCCUCCUAGCUGAAGGUGAAUCUGAACUGGAAUCAGAUGAGGAAGUGCUUCCAGUUAAACGAAAAUUUGGCCUGGACAAAAAUCGAUUCAAACCGUACAUUCUGCCGCAAAUUGUCAACGCUCCUAAAAAUGAAUCGAAACCUUCGAAGGGUCCCCUCCAACCCAGAACAAAACCCAGCCAAAACAUUAUCCUUCACAUUCCGGAAGAGCUGAAAACCACUCGACAAACUCCUCCGCCAUUGCAAAGACCAUCCACACCACCCCCAACAAACGUCCCACCAACCACCGAAAUCGAUCUCCUAGCCAAUCGCAUUCCAGCGGACCAGCUCAGCGAGCUGCCCGUUUUCAAAAACUACAUCCCCGCCACGCCAUCCAACAAGCUCUAUCUGAAAAACCUUGCCAAAACGGUCACCGAGGACGACCUGAAACGAAUUUUCCACCGGUUCGCCAUCACGACAGAUCCGAACCGAGAGAUUGACAUCAAACUGAUGCAGAGUGGCCGCAUGAAGGGACAGGCAUUCGUGACGUUUUCUUACAUCUACGAGGAAGAUCUGGACCGGCUGCCAGAGAAACCGAUCGCACGUGCUUUGCGACUCACCAACGGGCUCAUACUGAGGGACAAACCGAUGGUGGUAGUGUACGGGAAGAGUGCCCCCUCCAAUAAACCGGAUGGAGGGGAGAAAGCGUCGUCGUGAAUAC